GUUCAGUAGUGCAUGCAAUUGAUAUCGCUAGGUUUCCCUUUUAGAGGAGGUCACAUGAUGAUGUUGCAACGCAAUCAUUGUCAUCACCAUCCAAGUCGAUUCAGUAGCACAACUUAAAUGGACUCGGGCGAGCCUUUUAGUCCCACAUCGAUAGAUUCGCGUUCCAUACUAAGCCUCGGGACUCGGACCGUUUCGCUGAGCUCAUUAGCGUUGGUUUGUGACCCGAUCGGGGGCCCACCGAGGUGGUUAGGAUAGUGGUGUUUGGGCCCUCGGUGGGUUGGAGCGUGGUCCGGCCCAUGCCGCCACAGGAAUCUUAAACCGGAUGGCACCGAGUCAGGCUGGCUUGGAUAUUUAUUGCGACGGAGGUCCAUGUGCUCCGAUCUCAAAGUCUGAGCUGUCUCCAUCACCGUGGAAGAAGAUGAUGACGAAGACCUGGUUUUGUCAUCAUGCUUUUGCCCAAUUCUUCUGCCCUGUCUUCCAAAUCUUUCCACUAAUCAUGGAAUAUUAUGACAAGCUAUCCCCGAAGAACUACUAGAAGAAGAUGGAUGGACUUUGACUCAUUCCUGCUGAGGUUAACCAUCCCAGUCUGCUCUCCGAUAAAUCCAACCCGUAGGAGAUCGCCCCCUUCCACCAAAAAAGAGCAGCGGAACGCCAUGGAUGGGUUGGGCCCCAACGCCGCCAACAGCUGCCCCGUCACGCCGCUCGAGUUCCUCGAGCGCACCGCCACCGUCUACGGCGACUGCCCCUCCCUCGUCUACAACCGCACCGCCUUCACCUGGUCGCAGAACCUCCGCCGCUGCCUCCGCCUCGCCUCCGCCCUCUCCUCCCUCGGCAUCUCCCCCGGCGAUGUGGUAUCGGUGCUCGCCCCCAACGUUCCGGCCAUGUACGAGAUGCACUUCGGCGUGCCGAUGAGCGGCGCCGUCCUCAACACCGUAAACCUCCGCCUCGACGCCCGCACCAUCUCCAUCCUCCUCCGCCACAGCGCCUCCAAGCUCGUCUUCGUCGACGUCCUCUCCCGCCCCCUCCUCGACGACGUCCUCCGACUCUUCCCCGCCUCCGCCGAGCGCCCUCGGGUCGUCACCAUCGAGGAUCCCUACGAGGACGCGCCGCCGCCACAGAGCUCCGCCCUCACGUACGAGAAGCUCCUCGAGACGGGGGACCCGGAGUUCCGGUGGGUCCGUCCCCGCAGCGAGUGGGACCCUAUGGUCCUUAACUACACAUCCGGAACCACCUCCGCCCCCAAGGGGGUGGUUCACUGCCACCGCGGCCUCUUCUUCAUCACCAUCGACUCCCUCAUCGACUGGUCCGUGCCGAGGCGGCCCACCUACCUUUGGACGCUCCCCAUGUUCCACGCCAACGGGUGGAGCUACCCCUGGGGCAUCGCCGCCGCCGGCGGCGUCAACGUCUGCCUCCGCCGCUUCGACGCCGCCGCCAUCUACGCCGCAAUCGAGACCCACCGGGUGACCCACAUGUGCGGCGCGCCCGUGGUCCUCAACAUGCUCGCCAACGCCCCGGACUCCGCCCGUCGCCCGCUCCACGGCCCGGUCCAGGUCCUCACCGCCGGGGCGCCGCCCCCCGCCGCGGUGCUCGAUCGCACGGAGGCGCUCGGCUUCGCCGUCAGCCACGGGUACGGCCUGACGGAGACGGCGGGGCUGGUGGAGGUGGAGUCCAUCCUGUACGGCCACCCAGCGGUGAACGAGGCGGCGGUGGUGGCGCGACCGGACGAGUUCUGGGGGGAGACGCCGUGCGCGUUCGUCAGCCUGAAGGAGGAAGCGUCGGCGGCGCCACCGACGGAGAGCGAGGUGAUCGCGUGGUGCCGAGAGCGCAUGCCGCGCUACAUGGUGCCGAAGACGGUGGUGCUCCGGGCGGAGCUGCCGAAGACGUCGACGGGGAAGAUACAGAAGUACGUGCUGAGGGAGAUAGCCAAGAAGAUGGGCUCCGCCGCUCGGCCGAGUCGAAUGUAGUCCACGACUCGGACCGAGUCGGCCUCGCAGAGCAAUUACUCCAUCUACCCACACAUCCGUGAACCUGACGGCUAGCUUCUUAUGAUCGGAGGCGACGGCGGCUCCAUCUCGUCCUCCAUUCACCAGACAGGUGGGCGCAGAACUCACGGGUAAUCUUUUAAGGCAAAUCAACAUUUUAUUGGUCAAACACAAUCGGUCUUCCGGGGAUUAGAUUUCAACAGGGGUGGGGCCCUGGAAGUGGUCCACUAGACGUUGUUUGUAUGCUUGAUGUUGACCGUAUGAUAAUUAAACUUAUUCCUGCAUUAUUGCA